AUGGAAGCCCCUGUCGCCGCCAGGCCUUCCCAGUGCCUCAAUGACCAUCGCUUCGGCCCUGCUGUCGUGGGCUGCCGCGAUGACUUUGACUUUACCCAAUGUUUCGAACAGUCGAUGCUUUCCAUGCUUCCCUCGUCCAUCUUCAUCGUCGCCGCCAUCGUCCGAGCUGUCUACCUCUACCGCCGACCCGUCCUCGUCGAAGGAGGUUGGGCUUUCAAGCAGUCCAAGAUCAUGGUCAUUGGAUGCUAUCUCAGUCUCCAGAUAGCCCUGCUUGUGCUCGCCUGCACCGGAACCAGCUACGGUCAAACGGCCAUUCCGGCGGCUGCCCUCUCCCUCGUCGCCGCCAUCCUCGUUCUGGUUGUGUCAGUGGCAGAACAUGCUCGUGCGUGCAAGCCGUCGGCCCUGCUCAGCCUCUACCUCUUCUUCACUUUGCUCUUUGACGUUACCCAGUCGCGCACCCAGUGGCUUUCGGACCGCGACGCUCCUUUCACCAAGGUAUUCACCGCAUCCAUCGUUACCAAACUCACCGUGCUCUUGGUCGAAGCCCAAAGCAAAUCAAGUUGGAUGCGUGACAUAGACACCUACGCCAAGAGUCCGGAAACGACGAGUAGCAUCUUCAACAAGAGUGUCUACUUCUGGCUAAACGACCUGCUCAUCCGCGGCUACCAGAAACCGUUAGCGGCCGAAGAUCUCUACGUGCUGGACGAAAGCCUCCUGGCCGACAACUAUCAGCAGCUGUUCUGGGAUGCGUUUCAGAAUCGCAUCACCCGCACGGGAACUAAUCGCAAAUCACUUCUCCUCGCCGUAACAGCGACUCUGAAAUGGUCUUUCCUUGCGCCUAUAGUCCCGCGCUUGGCGGUGACUGCUUUUUCAUUCGCCCAGCCGUUUCUCAUCAAUGCCCUCCUCCGCUUCCUCAGAGAAGAUAGUCGAACGGCAUCAGCGAACAUAGGAUACGGAUUCAUCGCCGCUGCCGCCCUUAUCUAUCUUGGACUCGCAGUAUCCACCGGGUUCUACUGGUAUUUUCAUCAGCGUGCUCUCGUCCGACUCCGUGCCUGCUUGGUCACCGCCAUAUAUCGAAAGACGAUACAAAAAAGGGCCAACGAGGAGGGAAACUGUUCGGCAAUCACUUUGAUGAACUCGGACGUCGGCCGUAUACAAGGUGGCAUACGGGACCUCCACGAAUGCUGGGCAAGCGUGCUCGAAACGGGCCUGGCAAGCUGGCUGCUGUACCGGCAGAUACGAGUCGCCUUUCUCGCUCCUAUGCUUGUCAUCUGCGCCUGUACAGGCUUGACAAUGAUUGUUGCCAGAUUUGCCGGCAAGAGACAGGGUCUUUGGAUGAAGCUGUUGCAAGAACGAGUGGCCUUAACCUCGGCCAUGAUCCCAGCCCUGCCAGCCAUCAAAAUGAGCGGAUUGAGUUACCAAAUUGGGCGACUUGUCCAGGCGCGCCGCGAGGCAGAGAUUGCUGGCGCCAAGAGGUUUCGAAUCAUCACUACCGUCUCGACUGUCAUCGCCUUUGCGCCCUUGCUUCUCUCCCCCGUCGUGACAUUUACCUUUAGCGCGGGAAGCCUGAACAUAGCGACCGCUUUCACUGCCCUUAGCUGGAUUAACCUCCUUUGCCAGCCACUCACUCAACUGUUUCAGUCUGUGCCGCAGCUUCUGGCAGCCCUGACCUGCUUCCACCGUGUCCAGGACUUUCUUGCUCCGAAACCUCAUGACAAAGAGGCCCCAGCCGGUCUGGUGGAAGCAAGUCAAAACCACGUCGUUCCAUCCUACCCGACAGGUGAUGGUGCCAUCAAGAUUGCCGUGAACAAUGGGAACUUUGGUUGGGAACGGGAUGUUUACGUACUAAAAGAAAUAUCGCUAUCCAUAAGAACAUCAAGUUUCACCAUAAUUACUGGAAGAAUGGCAACUGGGAAGUCGACAUUGUGCAAAGCAAUGCUACAAGAACUACCUUUCGCCGAGGGUACUGUGCUCUGGAACGACCACGGUCGACAGCUGGCAUACUGUGACCAAGAUCCAUUUCUCCUAAACGCCACCAUCCGGGAAAAUAUUAUUGGCUCCGGGAGGCACGAUCCGCCUUGGUAUGAAGAAGUUGUCCGAUCAUGCCACUUGUCGAAAGACCUUGCAGAAAUGCCCAAGGGAGACGAUACCGUGGUGGGAAGCAAAGGUGUUGCUCUCAGCGGCGGGCAACGGAAGAGGAUCUGCUUGGCUCGAGCGAUAUACGCCCGUCCCGAUGUCGCUAUCCUGGACGAUGUCAUGAGUGGCAUGGAUUCUUGCACCGAAAGCCUGAUCUUCAAUGAUGUGUUUGGCCCCGAGGGAGUGCUUCGCAGGAUUCAGACGACUGUUGUUCUGGCCACGCUGUCCAACCGUCAUCUGGAAUUUGCCGACUGGAUUAUCAUUCUCGGUGAAGGGGCAAUUCUUUGUCAAGGCUCCUUUUCCGACCUAAAACUAUCCAAUAGCCACCACCAGAGCAGCCUUGUCACCAACGAUGACGAACCAUUGGUUCAAGCGGAUAUCGAGGAGAAAGCAAUGCCGCCUGGCAGCCCAACACAAAAGAUUGACCAAGAUCAGCAAAAUCAAAACGCUGCUGCAGAUGCACGUCGUUCUGUGAGCGAUAUGUCCAACUACAGAUUUUAUUUCCAAGCGACUGGAUUUACGAUGCUGCUUCCAUUCUUCGCCACGGGACUGGGAUUUGCCUUCCUAUACAAUUUCUCCUCCGUUUGGGUUGAGUUUUGGCAAAACUCCAGAUAUGGCCCAGACAAGACAUCAUUUUACUUAGGAGUGUACUUUCUUUUACAGUUUACUUGCCUGACCUUGCUUGCUGGCUUUGUUAGCUUCAACGGUAACGUGAUGGGCCCAAGAGCGAGCUGGAAAUUGCACCUGCGAUCGCUCUGUGUCUUGAUGCGGUCGCCACUGGAAUACUACACGACUGUGGAUGCUGCUGUUGCAACAGGCUACUUCUCACAAGACAUGUCUAUGAUCGACAAUGAUCUCAGUGGCUCACUCGGCAACACCGCUCUCACAGGCCUGACUGCCAUAGGGCAAGCUGCGCUCAUCCCCGUUGCCGCACCCUUCGUGCUCAUCGGAUAUCCCAUUAUAUUAGCGGUACUCUAUUUCGUUCAGAAGUUCUACCUAAGGACCUCCACUCAAUUACGCAAGCUAAUGCUUGAAGCCAGAGAGCCCUUGUACAAACACUUUACGGAGACUGUAGAUGGACUUUUGACAAUACGCGCCUUCGGAUGGGUUUUGCCGAGCCUUUCGAUGAACACGAAACUGCUCGAUGAGUCUCAGAGGUCCUCCUAUUUACUUCCGAUGCUACAGCAGUGGCUGAACAUGAAGCUAAAUCUGUGCGUCGCUGCGCUUGCCGUGCUGUUCGUUGCCCUCGCCACCCAGCUUCGCGCAAGUGCGGGACUCACGGGUGUUGGACUCGUUAGUCUCAUGUCUUUGGGUGAGAUUAUGGGUAAUUUUAUUCGAUGUUACGCAGAGCUGCAGACGGCGACAGUUGCUCUCGACCGUUUGAGAACAUUCGAAGACGACAUCUCGCUUGAGGAUUCCGAUGAAAAUGCAUCUGCCCCCCCGGAUCAUUGGCCAACAGCUGGUGACGUAAACCUUCAUGGCAUCUAUGCCGAUUAUAGGACCGAUGUACCCUUCCCUGGAAAGACCGCAGCGAGUGCCGGCACGAGCCGUAGAUGUACUCUACGAGACAUCUCAGUUUCCAUCGCCCCCGGAGAGCGUGUUCUAGUGUGUGGGAGAACUGGCAGUGGGAAAACGUCUCUUCUUCUGCUUCUUCAAGGGUUCCUAAGGCCAAACUUGGGCCGAGUUGUAAUAGACAACAUCGAAUUGGGUAAAGUAGUUUGCUCAGCGCUGCGCCAUCGCAUCAUUGCAAUUCCGCAGAUGUCAUUCUUCUUGCCAGGGCGAAGCAGCGUGCGCCAGAACCUAGAGUAUCACGGGAAUGAUGCUGAGCUUGACGUCAACACGUACCGCAUACAGGAAACGCAGAUUGCCCAGGAUGAGGAGUGCGAGUAUGCCCUACGCGCCGUCGGCCUUUGGGACUUGAUCAACUCCCGCGGCGGGCUGGACGGCGGACUGGAUGACGAUGCCUUGAGUCGCGGAGAGAAGCAGCUCUUCAGCCUUGCCAGAGCAGUCGUGCGCCGACAACUACACCAGAGACGGACUGAAUUCCCGGAGAAGUCGGGACGGGGUGUUUUGCUCCUCGACGAGUUCAAUACCGGCUUGGAUAUGGAAACGGUGAGUUCGAUGUGGAGCGUGAUUCAGCAAGAGUUCCCCAUGUACACCGUCAUCUGCGUUGCGCACACACUAGAGGGGGCUCCGGACUUUGAUACGGUCUUGGUAAUGAGCGAAGGGGAAAUUAUAGAAAUGGGGAGCCCGCUCGACUUGCUACGCAGGAGAGGAGGCAAAUUCCGCAACUUGUGGCACGGCACCACGGUUCCACACGUCCAAGCUGGGCAUGCAGGUGAAGGAGCAUGA